UCUCUUUGGCCAGGGAUGCUGUGGAAAUGCCAGCUAGUGAUAAGAUUAAUCCUAACUGAGAGUGGAGAGAGCUGCAUUUGUGGUUUAUUUUAUUUUUUUCAUAGUGGGUUGUAAAUAUAGCCUUGACAAAGCAGUUCUUGUCGGCAUGAGCAAGGUGUUCAGCUGGGAGCUCUACAAGGGGGACCAGCCUCUCUAAAAACACCCCCCACACCCCAUCUUGCACUGGUUGUGCACACAGGAAGUAUAGCUCCUUUGGCAGAAGCAGUGGAGGAAGCUCUGUGCAAGACUGACAAGUAUCUUUCCUUGGAAGUAGAGCCAGAUUAAAUUGCAGACUUGAGAGUUUGGACCCAGCUCACGCACCCGGUGUUUUCUUGCUCCUUAUGGUGUAGCUGGUGAUUGUUCCUGAGAAGAGAAAAGAUGAUGAGUGAUGCAAGUGACAUGCUGGCUGCGGCUCUGGAGCAGAUGGAUGGCAUCAUAGCAGGUUCCAAGGCUCUGGAAUAUUCAAACGGCAUCUUCGACUGCCAGUCCCCCACCUCCCCCUUUAUGGGGGGUCUGCGGGCGCUGCACCUGGUGGAGGAUUUGCGGGGAUUGCUGGAGAUGAUGGAAGCGGAUGAGAGAGAAGGACUGCGCUGCCAGAUCCCAGACUCCACGGCGGAGGCUCUGAUCGAGUGGCUCCAAAGUCAGAUGACUAAUGGACACAUAUCUGGGAAUGGAGAUGUUUAUCAAGAAAGGCUGGCUCGUCUGGAAAAUGAUAAGGAAUCUCUUGUUCUGCAAGUAAGUGUGCUCACAGACCAAGUGGAGGCCCAAGGAGAAAAGAUUCGGGAUCUGGAGUUCUGCCUGGAGGAGCACAGGGAGAAGCUGAAUGCCACAGAGGAGAUGCUGCAACAGGAGCUUUUAAGCAGAACAACCCUUGAAACUCAGAAGCUGGAUCUUAUGGCAGAGAUUUCCACUCUGAAAUUAAAGCUUACAUCUGUAGAGAAAGAUAGAUUGGACUAUGAGGACAGAUUCAGAGACACAGAGGAUUUGAUCCAGGAAAUAAAUGAACUGCGGUUGAGAGUGGGAGAAAUGGACAAUGAAAGACUCCAGUAUGAGAAAAAACUGAAAACAACCAAAUCUUUAAUGGCCAAACUUUCUAGUAUGAAAAUCAAAGUGGGUCAGAUGCAGUAUGAAAAGCAGCGGAUGGAGCAAAAAAGCCAGAUGUUAAAGGAUGAACUCUCAGCUUUGAAAGACAAACUGGAGCAGAAGGAAGCCGAGGUAAAAAGGUUGCAUGAAAAAUUGGUUUGCAAGCUCAAAGGAGAAGGAAUUGAAAUCCUGGACAGAGAUGGAAAUUGUAAAAAGAAGCUCAAAGAUAAAAAUAUAGAGGUACAGAAAAUGAAGAAGGCGGUAGAAUCUCUAAUGGCAGCAAAUGAAGAGAAGGAUCGGAAGAUCGAAGAGCUCCGGCAAUCUCUGAACAGGUACAAGAAAGUUCAAGACAUGGUGAUACUGGCUCAAGGUAAAAAAGGCAAGGAAAGUGACGGUGAAGAGUUGAAUUCAGGGUCUGUUUCCACGGUUUUACUGGACACACCAAGUCUGACUGACCCAGAGAAAAGCCCAUCCCCAACCCCAGUGACAGCAUCUCCAAUCCACGAUGAGUUUAAUGUGAAUAUUCAUGAAGAGAACUCCUUACAGAUCCACACCAGUAUUUUACAGAUUUCAAUCCCUUCUUUUUCAUCAACAUCCAAGAGCUCAGAAGCUGAUGCAGAGAGGGUGAAAACACAGCCUAGGCCAGAUCCUGCAAGUGAAAUGAGUGAAGGAAGAUCAGCAGGUUCCUCCCCAGAAACUCAUCUGUGUGAUAGUCCAGUAACUUCCUCGCUGCAGAAGUCCAGCAGUCUGAGCAGUUUGAGGAAAGAGCCAUCCGAAGUGGACAGAGACCCUGCCCAGAAGCCAACAGAGCAGGUUAAAUCUCCUAUGGAAGGUCAUAGUUUUGCAACCCUGCCCCCGAAGUCUCCCUCUCAUGGUGGCACAGCAGACGAGGACAGUUUUGGUACCCGCAAGGCCAGAUCCUCCUUCGGCCGAGGCUUUUUCAAGAUAAAGAACAACAAGAGGACUGCAAGUGCCCCCAAUCUGGAUCGCAGUCGAAGUGCAAGUGCACCUACCUUAGCUGAGACGGAGAAGGGAUCUGCAGAUCACUUGGAUCUGGCUGGCUUGCCCCCCCACCCAAAGGAAGCAGAUGGUCUACAGAUGACACCACCUUCUCCAGAUUCCAGGAAAAAGGCCAGGGGGAUCAAAAAGUUAUUUGGAAAGCUUAGGAGAAGUCAGUCUACCACCUUCAACCCCGACGACAUGUCCGAGACUGAGUUCAAACGAGGAGGGACGAGAGCGACGGCGGGGCCACGGCUGGGCUGGUCUCGAGACCUGGGACAGUCCCACAAUGAGCUGGACAUGCCGUUCGCAAAGUGGACAAAAGAGCAGGUUUGCAACUGGCUCCAGGACCAAGGGCUUGGCUCCUACAUAAAUAAUGGCAGGCAGUGGAUACUGUCUGGGCAAACACUCCUGCAAGCUUCUCAGCAGGAUCUGGAAAAGGAGCUUGGGAUAAAGCACCCAUUGCAUCGGAAGAAGCUCCAGCUUGCUCUGCAGGCACUGGGAUCUGAAGAGGAAAACAACCAUGGCAAACUGGAUUACCACUGGGUUACCAGGUGGCUUGAUGACAUUGGCCUCCCCCAGUACAAGACCCAGUUUGAUGAAGGGAAGAUGGACGGCCGAAUGCUCCAUUACAUGAGUGUGGAUGACCUGCUGUCCUUGAAGGUUGUCAGUGUCCUCCACCACCUCAGCAUCAAAAGAGCCAUCCAGGUGUUGAGAAUAAACAACUUUGAGCCCAACUGCCUGCGCAGGAGGCCAUCGGAUGAGGAGGAGCUUGGCCCUGUUACCAGAUGGGAGACUGCUACCAGUUUGUUUUGGAAGCAGCAAAGGCUGGAUAGGGCAAUGGAUGACGAAACAACCCAGACUCUUGGAUUUAGAUUCACAAUCAAUGUCACCCCUUCCGAGGUCACCCAGUGGACCAACCACCGUGUGAUGGAGUGGUUGCGCUCCGUGGAUCUGGCAGAGUACGCACCCAACCUGCGGGGCAGUGGUGUGCACGGAGGACUCAUGGUUUUGGAACCUCGUUUCAAUGUAGAAACCAUGGCACAGCUGCUGAACAUCCCCCCGAACAAGACGCUGCUGAGGCGGCACUUGGCGACUCAUUUCAACCUCCUCAUCGGGCAGGAGGCCCAGCAGCAGAAACGAGAGGCCAUGGAGUCCCCAGACUAUGUCCUCUUGACAGCAACUGCCAAAGUAAAGCCAAAGAAACUUACCUUCAGCAAUUUUGGGAGCCUGAGAAAGAAGAAGCAAGAUGAUGGGGAAGAGUAUGUGUGUCCCAUGGAGCUGGGGCGGGCAUCUGGGAGUGGAUCAAAGAAGGGCUUUAAGCCUGGCUUGGAUAUCCGAGUAUAUGACGAUGAUGAUUUGGACAGGCUGGAGCAGAUGGAAGAUUCAGAAGGGACGGUGAGGCAAAUAGGAGCGUUUUCUGAAGGCAUCAACAACUUGACACACAUGUUGAAAGAAGAUGAAAUGUUUAAAGACUUUGCGACCCGCUCUCCCAGCACCAGUGUAACAGAUGAAGACUCCAAUGUUUGAUGGUAACCACCAGGCACCGGCAAAGGCUCACUUUCCUGUGUGCAGGAGCAUCAUCAUUUGAUGUGAUGGGCAGCAGAUAAUGUACAUUACAAUUGCUCUUGCUUGUGUUUGUUCGAAGGAACAUUGUGGGGUGGAGAAUUUUAAAGAGAAAAGGAGAUUUAAAAAAAAAAAGGUGCCUACUCUAAAGUUGCCAUAAAAGCCACCCAGACACUGGUGAAUGGUAAUCAUUUUAACUCUAUUUAAUGUACAAACUGGUGAUAUGUUUCAGAGUGUUGCAUUUAAAUUUAUGUGGUAUGAUAGUGCUCUUUUUUGCUUAUUCAUGGUCUCAGAUAAUCCUUUAUACUGUUUGAAAGUAACAGAAGGUGUUAGGUAAAAUACUGAGUCUGUAGAUAUCGUGCAUCAGCUUUCUUUAGGCUCUCAGCUGAAAAACAGAAGUUACUGCUCCUUUUCAAGUGCUUUUGUUUGGCACAGAUACCAGUUCUGCCCUUCCUACCGUAUCCAAUGUAGGAUUUUAGUCAUCUGUGCCCUGCAUAAGCUGCCCAGUAGCUCUUGACUGUUGCUCUUAUUUUUAUACUGUUUUAUAAAAAAAAAAAAAAGAAAAAAGAAGUAUAUGAAGUACAUAUAAAAGCAAAAAUUUAAAUUUUGUUGUGAGACAGAGUGAUGGAAAGUUGAAGGUGUGUGGGGAAAGGGGAGAAGGUUGUAAAAAAAUUAUGCCAGUUUGCAGACCAGCUGGUUACUGGAAAAGGCAGGCUGACCUUUGGAACUGUUUGCUUUCGUUGCUUUUUACUAAGUGCACAGUCUAAUGAUCUUCCAUUUCAGAUGAAACAAUUCUAAAGCACGUUUUUUCUAGCAGUGACCUGCAUGAAAACUGCACAUUUUAAAAUGUCUUCUCUCUUGAUCCCAGCAGCAGUAGUUAGAACAUUCAACAAGGUUGUUAACACUUCUGUGACUUAAAAAAUUCCAGUGAAGUUGAGAGUACUCCCUGCAUAUGGAAGGGAUGUUUCUGUGCUAUAACUAACGUGAAGAUGGUGUAGUUGCAAAAAAAAAUAAAGUUAUAUAGAGAAAUGUAUAGGAAAUAUAUUAUUUCAUAUUAUUAAACCUAAGGUGGGAAUUUUCCUCCAAAAUUCAAAUAUCAAACAUGUUCCUCAUCAUUAAAGCACAGCUCCGCUGCUUUUGAGGAUAAUCAGGUUUUAAAGUUCCGAACUAGCCAGUGGAAAUCUCAUGUCAGACUUUGGGUAUCGUGAGCAAACAAAAAGAAAACCCAAGUAACUUUUUAUUACAGUGGUUCUUUGUAUGGUGUUGAACGUUGCAUGUAUUGUGGCACAAUGGCAUGAAGCUGCUUUGCUUUGUAAAGGGGAAAAAAAAAAAGUCCAGCUGGAAAUGUUCCUUGCAGUGGUGUGUUGCUUUUCCAAGCAUUUGUCACUCGUUUUGUUGCUCUCUGUGCUGGAAGUGAGACUGUUCCUGGUGUGGAGCAAGGGAUUUUAGGUUUGUGCUGACUGUGAGGAUGUUCAUAAAACAAAGCUGGGAAAGGAAGAAAGGUUCUUUCUGGGGCUUCCAGGGAACUCCCAUCAGAUGCUGGGGUAGAUCAGAGACAUAUUCUGGCAUUAUAUUCUUGUGACCUGAUGACCUGGAUCUUUGAAGGAUGUGCAGGGGAGGUGAUUGUUGAUGUUCCAGGAUGAAAAAUUUUGAUUAUUGAUGUAUCAAGAUGAAAAAUCUGAUGUGGACAGGUUGCGCUAUACAUAAUGUACACUGCCAUUUUUGGUAACUGGAGCCAGGCAAACAAUCCAUAAAGUCUCCAUAAAAUACUUUUUGCUGCUUACCCUUUAUCUACAAACAGAUCACAACUGAUGCUUUAGUCAACAUUCCUGACUGAUUCCUGUGCACGAAUAAUUUGCUGUUAUUUCUUCCUCUGCAGUCUUGGGGGUGUUUGAGCUGUUUUAUUUGGGCAGAAAUACCACACUGUGUAACAUGCAGAUGGUUGGGAUGUGGAUUCAGGCCUCACUUCCUGUGAAUGCUCUGCAAAAUUGUUAUUAUUUACAUGGAAGUUGAGCAUAAAACCCUGUGGAAGCACUGGGAGAAUGUGGCGCAGGCUUCCAGCCAAAAUUCCUCCAAAUUGCUGGCUGGUGAACAGCACUGGAUAUCCAUAGGGGGGAAAAAAGGGGGCCUCGUGACACAAUACUGUGUGUGGAACUAGGCACAAGUAUACUCUCCAACGUCUCUUCAGUCCAGUGUUAUCAGUGACUGCAGGGAUGGUUUAUUUAAGUCCAGUGUAAGCAGAAUUCUGCUCCAAACAACCCUUUCCUGCACUUGCCAACCGUCAGCCAGGUCAUCCCCUUGGAGCUGCCUAUCAUCUGAACCUGGGUUGUUUUAUGGGGUGGGAAUAUGAGAGCAAGUGAUAAAGUCAGGAAGUUUUCGUGUGUGCGCCCUUGAUACCGUCAGGGUGUUUUCAUUUGUUUGAAAAGGGCAACAUAACUGCUGUGUAUUGCCAUGUGAAAUCCAAUAAAAUCUGUGGCAAAUGCCAA